UUGCUGUGCGCACUUAGUUAUUCCAGGACAGUUUGAAAACUUCCUACACCUCUCUCUCUCUCUCUCCAGCUCACUGUCCUCCUACGACACACUCCCUAAAACCUUCCUCUUUGUCUGAACAUUCGCUGGUCUGACCUUGUGCUUUCUCACAUGAUUUAAUGUUAUGCUCUGUUUUGUAAUACUCCACUGAAGCAUUCUGGGACAUUUCAUCUCACUCAAGGCUCUGUAUUAGAAACGUAACAACGAUGGGCACAAAACACUCUAAGGUCACUAGUAACUUCCCAUUCCUUAAUGACAAUGGCACCAUCAAGACAAUUAAGGAAGCCCAUACUCUCUUCAUUCUACGUGGUCUGCCAGGCAGUGGCAAGUCAGCCCUUAGCAGAGCAAUCAAAGAAAAGUACCCGCAGUCCUUGGCUUGUGCUUCCAAUUCUCCUCCUGUGGUGGACGAGGCCGAGAUUGACGGUGAUCGGUACGUCCAGGUGGACGAGGGUCUUGAACGGGGCUUCAAGGAGGUCAAAAACGUCAUAGUGGUUGAUGACAACCAUCUCGCUGCAAAACGGCUGUACCACCUCACCAGCCUGGCCAGAGACAACGACUACAUUGUCCUCAUUGUCAGCCCAAAGACCAAGUGGAGAAACGACUGCGAGAAGCUUGCGAUUCAGAGCCAGUGGAACCUAACUGUGGAACAGCUGAACAGCAUGAAGCAAAGCUAUCAGGAGUACAUCAUACCUUAUUUCUUUGGCUGGUUCUUGCUGAGGAGGAGUGCCCAGGAGAUGCGCAAGAAUGCAGAGGAUUUUCUGAACCAGCUGAGCAAUAUGGAGGUGUUUUUAAAAGAGUUUGUCAGCUGUGUGGAAUGGCAUUCAGAAGAGAAAUUCAACCUUCACGAAUACUUCCAGAAAAAGCCGAGAAUGCUGCACUGUACGACAAAAUUCUGUAACUACGGAGCAAUUCCUGGUUGCGAAGCCUAUGCUGAGAGUAAGGUUGUUGAAGAUAAUUAUUCGAAGGCCUUCACUCUGCAGGUGGUGGCCCUGUUUGUCACCCCCAGAACGGUGGGAGCCCGUGUCCUCCUGAACAAAAAUCAGAAACUGCUGUGGCCGAAGGGACAAGAAGGAGAUGAUGGUGGGGAUGGCAAGGAGGCGGCUGAGCUGGCCUUUGGUAGCAGGGCCCACAUCACCUUGGCUUGUGCUCCUCGAGUGAAGGCAGUCCAGACCGGAUUGGACUUGCUCUGCAUCUUAAAGCUCGAGGGUAAACAGCCCACACACCAGGUGGAGGUAGAGAAAGGCCGUCUCUGCUGCUACGGUGACGGGCAGUGGAUUCUCAACCUGACCAAACCAAUUGAAGUGAAAACCCUUUUUUCCGGUUUUUACCACAAAAAAACAGAGCCCGUCACUGAAUCAGUGGGCUGCUAGGGAACCAGAUGGUCAGACAUGAAAAGUUUUAAUUUGAAUGAGGAGUAAAAGUUAAAAUAGAUGGUACUCGAUUGCGUAGCUAUGACCACAUACAAACAUAUGGAGGUUGUAGUUUAAUCAAAACAAAUUGAUACGGCAGUUUCCUGUCUUUCUUUGUAGUGUUUAUGAUUAUUCACGUAGAACUUUGUUUUAAUACCUCUGCCUGUAAUAAUAACCGUUUGCCUAAUGUUGAAUGCUAACUCGUGUGCGUGAACUGAUGAAGUCAAUCAGUUUUGGAAUCGGGGUUAAGGUUACUGCAGUGGGUAGCUGUCACGAAUGUGCUUUGUGCCAGGUUGUUUGUAUGAUCACACACAGCUAGUGGAUAGGCUGUGAGGGUGCUGCUGCCUAAAGUGGGAGGAGGCAAUCCACCCAAACAACAGGGGGCUCUGCUUGUAAGAACAAAACUUCAAGAUCUGCUCCAAUUGAGAAGUGAUCUGUUAAGUAUCAGAAAGGUUGGCUUCCCCUAUGUAGGCAGUAUUUUGACGUAAUCAAGUGACAUGUAUCACAACGUUGCUUUUUCUUAAAAUUUAUAACUGCACAAAUGUUUCAAUAAAGGAAAUGGAAUCGUAAA